GGGGCAACGGAAGGGGACGUACAGGAAAGGAAAGGGCCGCACAUACACGUCACGGGGAGAAUAGAAAAACACUGGGAAAUGUGUAAUUCCCACAAUUAUUUAUUCACCUCUGUUCUAGCUUAUGUUCGUGAAGCUUUCGUAGUUUUAAGCGCAACUUGGUGUCCUCAGUCAUCGGUGAGUGCUGUGUGUCGUCAGCCCGCAGAGGAGGGUUGACACUGUCACACAGCCGCUGAACUUCCCGUCAAGACACAGCACAGGCGAAAAGAGCUGCUGCUUGUCCUGCUGCUGCUGCUGCUGCUGACAAAAAAGGGGAACGACAUCGGGGAUUGUCAAGAGGAGAGGACACACUCCAGUCCUCAAGGCGUUUGGGCAGAGACACGGUGCCAUUGUCCUCCAGCUGAGGGCGAGCAGAGACAGGUCUGGUGCUCUGCUAAUUAGCCUGCGUGGGUCCCUGCAGAGAGACAGAGCAGCGCAGCUAGCUGCAGCACACAGCGACUUGCACAGGGUGUGAGUGACCGACGUGGUUGUGUUAGCCAGAACUGGGAUAUUUGUCUGACAAACUGGUGCUGGGUUCACUGAUGGGGGCCUUUAUCCGAUAGUCAUCUCUCCCUCCCUAUACCCCCCGUCGGACCCUGGCUUGGAUCCGCCACCCGGGCGCUGUCCUCGUCGGGGGGUGCCGGAUCACCAUCGCCCGGUCCAGCUAACUCCAGGCGGCGGUUCGGUACCCCUGACCCCUGCCCUGCCUCGCCUGUCUGCCGCUCUGGCCGACCCUAGCCGAGCCCGAACAUGGCAGGGAACCUGAAGAAAGGCGGGGGGCUCAUCGGUAUGAUGAAGGAUGCCUUCCAGCCACACCAUCACCACCUCCACUCCCAUCACCAGCCCGGGGCCGUGGACAAAAAGACGGUGGAGAAAUGCUGGAAACUAAUGGACAAGGUGGUACGCCUGUGCCAAAACCCAAAAUUGGCUCUGAAGAACAGCCCCCCUUACAUCCUGGACCUGCUGCCAGACACCUACCAGCACCUGCGCACCAUCUUGUCUCGCUACGAGGGCAAAAUGGAGACCCUGGGGGACAACGAGUACUUCCGGGUCUUCAUGGAGAACCUGACCAAGAAGACCAAGCAGACCAUCAGCUUGUUCAAGGAGGGCAAGGAGCGCAUGUACGAGGAGAACUCACAACCCAGGCGGAACCUCACUAAGCUGUCGUUGAUCUUCAGCCACAUGCUGGCUGAGCUGAAGGCCAUCUUCCCCAAUGGUCUGUUUCAGGGUGACAACUUCCGCAUCACCAAGGCAGACGCUGCAGAGUUCUGGAGGCGCGCCUUCGGGGACAAGACCAUUGUGCCUUGGAAGAUGUUCCGUCAGUCUCUCCACGAGUUUCACCCCAUCAGCUCCGGGCUGGAGGCCAUGGCCCUCAAGUCCACCAUAGACCUCACCUGCAAUGACUACAUCUCCGUCUUUGAGUUUGACAUCUUCACCAGGCUAUUCCAGCCUUGGUCGUCCCUGCUACGGAACUGGAACAGCUUGGCAGUUACUCACCCAGGGUACAUGGCCUUCCUUACCUACGAUGAGGUCAAAGCACGGCUGCAGAAGUUCAUUCACAAGCCUGGCAGUUACAUCUUCCGACUGAGCUGCACACGGCUGGGCCAGUGGGCCAUCGGCUACGUGACAGCUGAUGGAAACAUACUCCAGACCAUUCCCCACAAUAAACCCCUCUUCCAGGCCCUCAUAGAUGGCUUCAGGGAAGGAUUCUAUUUAUUCCCCGACGGCCGGACCCAAAAUCCAGAUCUGACAGGACUGUGUGAGCCUUCGCCUCAAGACCACAUCAAAGUCACACAGGAGCAAUAUGAGCUGUACUGUGAGAUGGGCUCCACUUUCCAGCUGUGUAAGAUCUGCGCCGAGAACGACAAGGAUGUGAAGAUUGAGCCCUGCGGUCAUCUCAUGUGCACCUCCUGUCUCACUGCCUGGCAGGAGUCGGAGGGUCAGGGAACGGGAUGUCCCUUCUGUCGCUGUGAGAUUAAGGGUACAGAGCCCAUUGUUGUGGAUCCUUUUGACCCCAAGGACAACAGCGGGGGCUCCUGCAGGGGCAUGUUUGGGGCUGAGGGUGCUCCAUCACCCAGCUAUGACGAUGAUGAUGAUGAUAGACUUGAAGACCCUCACCUCAUGAUGAGCAAACUUGCCUGUACAAAGGUGGAGCGCCCCCCAUCACCUAUGUCCAUGGCUCCUCAGUCCUCUCUUCCCCCUGUGCCGCCCAGAUUAGACCUGCUACCACACAGACCUCCCAACCCCCCUGGUGCUUCCAGUCCCGGGGUCACCAGUAAGGCAGCAUCUCACCACAAAGACAAGCCUCUUCCCCUCCCCCCAGCACUAAGGGAUCUCCCCCCUCCUCCUCCUCCCGACCGCCCACACACAGCCGGGGCAGCCCCCGAUGGACGGCUGCAGAGGCGGCCCUUGCCCAGCACUCCCGGGGAGCCCACUCGAGAUAAGCUCCCUCCGGCACCCCCAAACCGGCCUCUGGCUGACUGGAACUCCCGGCCUGUUCCCAAGGCCCCCACCUCCUCCUCCUCGUCUUCGUCCUCAUCUUCCUCAUCCACCCAAGUCUCCAGUCUGGGAGUGGACAUCCGAGCAGGUGUCAGGGAACUCUCCAACCGACACUCCCUCCCCUUGGCGCUGCCCUCCGCUUUGGACACACGCUCAGACUCACAGAAGAACAACAGCUCCCUCAGUCUGGACCACCAGCUGAGUUUUACAGCAGUUGCUGGUCAAGAUUAUGACAACCCCAAAGUCAAGCCCUCGGCUUCAGCCAACGCCAUCUAUGCCCUGGCAAACAGACCUUCUCCAGCCCAGAGGCCAGUGACAGGAGAGGAGGCACGUGACAGUGAGGAGGAAUCGGAGUACAUGAUCCCCUCCUCUCGCCCUGUCUUGCCACCCAUCACGGCACCACCUAUAACGGAGACCCCGGCAGUCCUAAGGCCUCCACAGGUUCAGCCUGUAGCAGCACUCCAGACACAGACCCACGCCUCCACACACAACUCACGGCUGAUCAUGGCUGAACUUGAGGAUGGACCUCAAAUGUAUGAAGCGAUGUACAACAUCCAGGCCAGGUCGCAACAAGCCAGAGACUCAGACUAUUCAGAGUUGCCCCCUCAGGCCAUGACCAACGGUCCCAGAGAUCAAGCAGCCGAGGACAGGGAAGAGGAGGAGAACGGCUACGACUUCCCAAAACCUCGACUGCCGCUGCCCACCGCCCGACGGACCCUUUCAGAACUGGGGGGGUCGUCUUCCUCUACUUCAUCUUCCUCAUCAUGCUCAUCCUCCACAGCUGCUUUCAGCCGCCUUUCUCUAGAUUCGGACGCUGGAGCUGCAGCACCCUUCUCAGAGCCGGUGGAAGCACCAGAGAGACCUCCAAAGCCCCUGCCCAGACGAAUCAACUCGGAGCGUCGACCCAGCCCCGUCCCGCCCGUCCCUGCUCCACCCAGCGGUGGGGCAACAGGUGCAGAAGCCAACCCUCUAAUCAGUAGCGAGAUCGAGCACCUCAUGAGUCAGGGAUACUCUUACCAGGACAUCCAGAAAGCACUGAUGAUUGCACAGAACAAUAUCGAAAUGGCCAAGAAUAUCCUCCGUGAGUUUGUCUCCAUUCCCUCCACUGCGCAUAUUCUCACAUAGCACGCUCCUUGUGCCUCUCUGUCGUGUUUGCUCUCUCGCCCUAGCUUGGCCCAGCCUGGUUGGGUUUAGGUUGGCGCAGCCCAGCCCAAAGCCCAAAGCCCAUUGCCUGCAGCACUACCUCCGGUGCUGGCUGACGCCCUACAUCCCUGUGGAUUUUUAACUGGCUGUUACUCCAGCGAGCUCACAGCAUCUCUGGGACUCCGCGCCCUGCACUCCAUGCGCUUUCAACAGUGUCUGGCCUUCUCUAAACUGCUUUCAAACAGCAGGCCUCUUCGUUUUCACGGACAUCUCCGCGGGAGUGACCGAGCGCAUGUGGAACUAUGACGGGACGCCACAUGGCGCGAGACUUUCGUAUGAAUCCUGGGAAGACAGAUUCUUAUCUUUCAUGUUGAAGCCUCUUGCUGAAAAUGUAACCAACACCUCACAAAUAAAACUAAAAAAUG